UACAUGCCUCGCGCUAUGGAGAGGGAGCAACCCGGCUCUGCACAAUGCACACCCUCUUUCCUGCUCGGGAGCAUGGGGAUGAACGCCCCACGGCGUGGAGAAGUAGCAGCCUGGGGUUGCACAAUGCACAUCCCCGCCCAGAAGUGGGGAGCCUGAGAAGGACGUCGCAACACGUGGUUGUGGACGCGUACGUAGUUUUCCCCCGAUCUGCCCUAGUGAGGGGCUUAGAACCCCAGUUUGAGACGGAGAGGGCGCUUCCAGUGGCUUUCAGCUUUGCUCUGCGAUGUCUGCUGUAGCCCUUCUACAGUAGAGCCCACAGAGGUUAUGCUGCCCCAAAGGUGCCCGCUGCGUCUGAGUGAGAAAGAGAAGGGUUAAGGAGCCCAGCUGCCACGUCCCGCGCCCUCGCCGCCCCCCACAUCCCCGAAGAGCCAUGAGCACCCUCCCGCAUGCCCGUGAGCUCGAGCCGUCGGCCCCACUCCCCCGCGGUGUGCGACGCGAGGAGGACGACGAGGGAGACCUCAACAAGGCCCUGGGGGUAGAGAGAUUCCAACAGAUUAUCCAUCCCGCACCACGCGUCCGGGAUGAGCAGCACCGCACCUACAACGAGGCGGAUUUUGAAUACCACCGACACUCCUCUCACCACAUCCACCAGCCGCUAUCCAAGCACCUCCCUGCGGGGGGCAGGAAGAAGAAGAGCAGCAAGAAGAGGAAAGGGGUCGGCUCUGGCCGGAGGAGGGGCUCUGGGAGCAGCGGGGCCCCCACCAUCGAGGAAGACGAAGAAGAAGAAGAGGCGGAGGAGGAGGAGUCCUGCAGCCAGCCGGACGUGACCCCUGACGCGGAGCCAGACAGUCACACACAGACAGUGCAGUUCUUCGUUGCAGAUGAUGACCCUUCGCUGUCCACCAUCAGAGCUGCCGAGUUCACACCUCCACGCCAGGUAGACAUCGUACCUGAGUCGGCCCUGUGCAGCGACUCGGUUCUCCUUGAAGACGCCACGCCCACAGAUGACUCAGCGUCAACCCCACCCCAAAGCCGAAACAUGGCCUCCAGCUGCUCCUCGAUGCCGUCCUCCCCGACCUGCCCAGUGGACUCGGCUGCGCCCCCUGGCCGCUGCACCCCCACCGGUUCCAAGGUGGCCCAGGCGGGCCGCAGCUAUGACCUUCAGGAACGGCGCCGCACGGGUAACAUGACGGCUGCUGAACAUUCCCGCUAUGAGCGCAUCCCCACGGACGAGAGCGAAGCGCAGAUGCUACCCACCGUGGACUUGGAUGGCAUCAAAAGCCACCGUUUCGAGGAUGUCCCAGGGGUACGCCGUCACUUGGUCAGGAAGAGCACCAAGGGUCAGGUGGUGCACAUCAGCAAGGACCACAAAGAGCCCAGCACUCGCUGCCGGAAACUGGACCGUACCCCACAUGAGGUAUUUGUAGAGCUGAACGAGCUCAUCAUGGACAAGAAUCAGGAGAUGCAGUGGCGGGAGACAGCUCGAUGGAUCAAGUUUGAGGAGGACGUGGAGGAGGAGACGGAGCGCUGGGGCAAGCCCCACGUAGCCUCACUCAGCUUCCGCAGCCUGCUGGAGCUGCGUAGGACCAUCGCUCAAGGGGCAGUUCUCUUGGACCUGGACCAGAAGACCCUGCCCGGCAUCGCCCACCAGGUGGUGGAGCAGAUGAUCAUCACGGACCAGAUCACGGCUGACGACCGUGCCAAUGUACUGAGAGCACUACUGCUCAAACACAGCCACCCAAGCGACGAGAAAGAGCACUCUUUCCCCAGGAACAUCUCGGCGUCCAGCUUGGGCUCCCUCAUGUCCCACUACCACAGCACCAACCACAUCCCUCCGGCAGAACCCUCUAUUACUGACCCGCUCAUGAGCGGGAGUGCCUCCGGCUCCGAGAUUGACACCCGCGUCAAUAUUGAGAAGAACGAGAAGGAGAGUACUCCAGUACUGGGCAUGCACAGGUCCAAAUCGAAACACGAAUUGAAGCUUCUGGAGAAGAUCCCGGACAAUGCGGAAGCCACAGUCGUUCUUGUUGGGUGCGUGGACUUCCUGGAUCAGCCCACCAUGGCGUUUGUGCGGCUGCAAGAGGCCGUCCUCCUCGAGUCGGUCCUGGAGGUGCCAGUGCCGGUCCGCUUCCUAUUCAUCCUGUUGGGCCCACCCAGCACCAACAUGGACUACCACCAGAUCGGCCGCUCCAUCUCUACCCUAAUGUCGGACAAGGGGCGAUGUGUCAGACUGAGAGACAGCUGUCCAGACUCGGUUGCCCCCUUUGGCUCACAGUACUUCCACGAGGCCGCCUAUCUGGCCGACGAGCGCCAGGAUCUGCUCAAUGCCAUCAACGCCUUCCUGGACUGCAGCAUCGUGCUGCCGCCAUCCGAGGUGGGCGGGGAGGAGCUGCUGCGCUCCGUGGCGCGCUUCCAGAGGGAGAUGCUGAGAAAGCGCGAGGAGCAGGAGGUCAAGCUGCUGGCCAAGGACGUGCAGAGCACCCAGGACAUGGAGGCUCUCCUCACCCCCCUCAAGCCCAGCGAUGAUCCCCUACAGCGGACUGGACGGCCUUUUGGGGGGCUGAUUCACGACAUUUGCCGGCGUUACCCCAAGUACGUCAGUGACUUCAGGGACGCCCUGAAUCCCCAGUGUAUGGCCGCUGUCAUCUUCAUCUACUUUGCUGCCUUAUCCCCCGCUAUCACGUUUGGCGGCUUGUUGGGGGAGAAGACCAACGGGCUGAUUGGCGUAUCAGAGCUGAUCAUUGCCACGGCGAUGCAGGGCAUCCUCUUCUGCCUGCUUGGGGCACAGCCCCUCCUGGUGGUGGGCUUCUCAGGGCCCCUGCUAGUGUUUGAGGAGGCCUUCUUCUCAUUUUCCAAGGCAAACGACUUGGAGUAUCUGACAGGGCGAGUGUGGAUCGGCUUCUGGCUUGUGGUCAUCGUCGUGCUCAUGGUGGCUCUCGAGGGCAGCUUCCUGGUGCGAUUCGUGUCCCGCUUUACCCAGGAGAUCUUCUCCUUCCUCAUCUCCCUCAUCUUCAUUUAUGAGACGUUCUCCAAGCUGGGCAAGAUUUUUCAGGAUCAUCCUCUGCAGCGUUGUACCCUGAAUACUACAGAAGGGGGCAGCAAUAGCUCUGCCACAAUCAUCACCAGCGGCUCACCAGUAGCACCCGCCACUGCCCCCAGGGUGCAGGGAGAGCCCAAUACUGCCCUGCUGUCCCUGGUCCUUAUGUCAGGCACCUUCUUCGUUGCCUUUUAUUUGCGCAAGCUCAAAAAUAGUGCCUUCUUUCCUGGCAGGUUUCGCAGAGUGAUUGGUGACUUUGGGGUUCCGAUUGCCAUCCUCCUCAUGGUCCUGGUGGACUACAGUAUCAAGGACACCUACACACAGAAACUGAGCGUGCCCAGUGGCUUCUCAGUGACCAGUCCAGAUAAGCGUGGCUGGGUGAUCAGUCCACUGGGGUCGGACGGCCAGUUUCCCAUUUGGAUGAUGGCAGCCAGUUUCCUUCCUGCUAUCCUGGUUUUCAUCCUGAUCUUCAUGGAGACACAGAUCACCACGCUGAUUGUCAGUAAGAAAGAGCGAAUGCUCGUGAAGGGUUCUGGUUUUCAUCUGGACCUGCUGAUCAUCGUGGUGCUUGGCGGCGUGUCGGCGCUCUUCGGCCUGCCCUGGCUCGCAGCUGCCACUGUGCGGUCAGUCACGCAUGUCAACGCCCUCACCGUCAUGAGCAAAGCCGUUGCCCCAGGAGACAAGCCCCGCAUCCAGGAGGUCAAGGAGCAAAGGGUGACUGGGCUGCUGGUCGCCAUCCUUGUGGGCUUGUCCAUUGUCAUCGGUGACCUCCUGCGGCAGAUCCCCAUCGCUGUGCUUUUCGGCAUCUUCCUUUACAUGGGUGUGAUGUCACUCAACGGCAUCCAGCUCACUGAACGCAUGAUGUUGUUGCUGAUGCCCCCAAAGUACCAUCCUGAUCACAGCUAUGUGCGAAAGGUCCGUACCUUGCGAAUGCACAUCUUCACAGGCAUCCAGCUGAUUUGCUUGGCAGUGCUUUGGGCAGUGAUGUCAACUGUGGCCUCACUGGCCUUCCCCUUCGUCCUCAUCCUCACUGUCCCGCUCAAGAUGUUCCUCUUGCCCCAGAUUUUCACCACACGUGAAAUGCAAUGCCUGGAUUCAGAUGAGGCAGAGCCAACGUUUGACGAAAAGGAGGGGCAGGACGAGUACACGGAAAUGCACAUGCCGGUGUGAGACGGCCCUCCAGUUAGCCAGCGGCAGAAGGGUGACACGGCCCUCCAGUUAGCCAGCGGCAGAAGGGCAGCAGGCAAAUGCUCCGGCCCGUGUACAUUUUGUAAAUGUGUCACUGCUUCUGAUUUUAUAUCAUCGAACAUUUUUUUUUUUUUAACAGAAACAUGGGUUAAGGUGGUUGGCAUGGGAAUGAGGUGUUCAGGUGUCACACACUAUGAGAUUCAUUAUUUAAACUCCCGAGCAGUAACACACGGUUGAGGGGCCACAGGUCACCUGUUUUCCUGACAGCUUCCUCGUGGAUGCCUGCACAUCCCCCACGCCGGUGUUUCCUCUCUCUUUAUUAAUCCCAUUUUUCAACAUGUGGGGACAGGUAUGAAUAAUGUCAAAAAAGCAACAUUUUUUUUUUGUCAACCGUCAUAUACCAGCUUCUUUUUAUCUGGAAAAUAUCUGUAUCGUCUGUGAUGUCCAAGUAUCUGUCCUGUCCUUUCCAACAUUAUACCUAGACAUGGUUUUCAGUCACACACUGGGGGGGGGGAGAUAGCCCCUACUCUGCACUGUUGCUCUUUCGCUCACAGCUGUGUUUUGUGGCUGAAACUUCUGCUUUCCUUUGGUUGCACCAGUGAUUUGAUUUUCCACUGGCUCACUGCGCCGCCAGUUUCAGCACAGUGAUGAACGUUGACCGCGGUUCAUUGUUUAUUAACAUCUGGCUUGUGGACUCGGCACAGUCCGGGUUAAAGUUCACCUUGCGGGUGUGGUCUCUUGAAUAAUUCAGCGAUUCGACCAGAUGAAACAGAAGCUGAAAUUUCUCUUUAAAAUGCCUGUGAACGUGGCCAUGUUCAUGUUUGGUGUACAUAACGACCACGCAGAGCUUUAACAGUCGCCUUACUUAAAGUAGCGCUAGGUUGGGUGGUGGUGUACUUCACCACACCGACAAAAAGCUGCAUCUCACUGUGACCCGAACCAGCUGUCGUUGCCUCAUACCCGGCUCCCCUUGAUCUUCCAUGAUCAACAAGUCGGUCUCUUCCAUCUCUUAGAACCAAAGGCUAAAUUCCACGUUUGCAUCUUGUCGAACACAUUUCUGGUCAGUCUCCGUUGUUUUGUGCGUUCAUCCCAUGAUACCCGAGGUCCUGUUUCUACUCUCACUGUGACUUUUUCACUUGUAUUCUUUCCAAUUUGUGUUCAAUGAACCUGAAAAUUUUGUGUGUUUUUUUUUUUUUAAUCGUAUUAUUACAGUAAGUUGUGAAUUUUAACUGGUUACCUCACUGCUGUUUUAGUCAGUGUGAGACUUUUUUUUUUAAAUUCUUUAUUACUUGGUUUACAUGACACCGACAUUUUAAAGUUAACUAAACUGGAAGUUAUGGAGAUUCCUGGUCAUUGGGGAGUUCCAGUGUUGGAUGGUGGCGCUUAUCUUUUCCGUGCGAUAUUUCCUCUAAAAUGUGGAAUGAGCAGUUUGGCUGUAUAGAGUGAACAGGCACGAAGCAACUUUAAGGGAGGCCUGCCAGAGGCAUGACUAGAUGCUGCAGUUUACAGUGUGAAAGGUGAUCCCUCUAUGAAGGAACGAGCGGCUCUUAUUUGCUAUUAUUUCCAAUUGUGCCUUCAACAUAUGAAACCAUUCAUCUAUUACAGCUUUACCUUUUUUAUAAAAUGAUGCAGUCCGCGUGAAUUGGGACGAACCUUUAAACGACCCCCCUUAGCAUUUAAGAGUGCUAAACUGUGGUUGACAAAGAAUGAGUUCUUCGCAGAUUCAUUUUAUGUAUAUGUGUAGCAGUGUAUCAGUAUAUUUUCCUAUUAAACAUGAUCUAUCCUACAUGUUGCACGCUACAACUGGACACCAGUUUUGACUGCUUUUCAACAUUGCAUUAACUAAGGGGUGGGGAUUUAUUUACAUAUUUACAUGUAUGUUCAAAUAAAUAAGUCUAUGCUUUUGAAUUAAAUUGAUGUUUUUCUAUAGCACAUAGUAGAUUAAAUGAAGGCUUCGCUGCCUGUACAAGGAGGGUCACCUCUAAUCUUUGGAGCCCUAGUCUCAAAGUUAGUUCAGAGUUAGUGCCAUUGAUGCUAGUUCAACAUAAACCUGGAGUCAUAUCCUACGAUCGAAUCAAAGUAGCAGGAACAAAUAGGGGACGUUCCAGACUGCACAAGUCCAGCCUUCAUCCAAGCCGCUGUUUCCCAGCCCUGUCCUGACCCCCAGACAGUCCACAUAUCUCAACCAAUCGAGAACUUCGAUUACCUGGUACAGGUGUGUUGGGAGCUGGGAGGGAGCAAAAAUGUGGACUGUGUGGGGGGUCCCCGAGGACUCACUGAUCUGGCUGAAGUAACCAGAUUACACAUGCCUGUCGUCAUCUCCUGCAGUGUCACAUUCAUGGGCGUCAGUGUUGCAUUCAGUCUGUGUUGUUGAAGUUGUUCUAGGUGCCUUUGGGCACCCUUCCAGUUCUGAGUGAAAACCCUUAAGUUCACUGCCACAUCAGGAUGUCUGCAAAGUAUAAGGUAAAGGUUUGGCCAGCAUUUGAAUCUGUAAAUGCCUACUUUGUAAAAUUAAGACCAAGUCUAUAUGGCAUUUUCCAGGUAUGAGCCCAGUAAAGCCCAAGAACAUGCUAUGUGUUGCCUCUGAAACCCCGUUGAGCAUUAACCUGCUUGGAGUACCUCCUCUAUGCUCGACAGACCCAAACAUCACAUUUUAGUUCUACUAUGAAUUAUCUGACUUAAGAAGUACCCAAAGUUGUCAAAUAUGUCUACAUCUACAUACGGUCUGCAUGCCGGUGAGAAAGAUGUUUUUCAUGCUCACAAUUUGUUCAUAGCUUGGUGUACUGAAAGCUCUGUGAUGGUGGUUUUAUUUUUGAGAUAAAUGAUUUAAGGACAGUAUGCGCAGUAUGUGUGCUUGGUAUAAAUAUGGAGAGAGUCAAGAGUAUCACAUGACCGCUGUUUUUUCUUCCAUUAUGAAAUCAACCUCCAAAAUGUGUGUUGUUGAUAUGUUGUCCUCUGUACAAAUUCUGCUCAAAUAUAUUGAUCAAAAAUUAAAUUUUAUAUUUAAAACA